AUGGCUGGCCUACGCACCAAAUCGGUCAUGGGCGCCCCCUUCUCUUUGACCGCCGCCUUCCGAAGCCUUUCUAUCGCGGCACCUAAGCGCUCCUUCUCUACCACCCCGGCAACCUUCUCCACGACCCCGGCAGACUCGUCCAAGACUCCGACAAUCAAAUCUGCUUCCAAACAAGUUCCAAGACUCCCUUCAACGGCCCCAGUCUACCCUUACGGAGAAAGCCAAUGGUACAAGCAGCAGGACAGCGGUCUUUACGGAGGCGCCACAAUCCAAUUCGGUAACAAGAUCUCCAAAGGUCGCAACGAAGGCAAGACACGACGAAGCUGGAAGCCCAAUGUGCGCCGAAAGAAGAUUGAGAGCGAGGCUCUUGGCCAAGAAUUGUUUAUCAAGGUCACUCGCCGUGCAUUGCGUUCAAUCAACAACGCUGGUGGUCUCGACAAAUACCUGACGUCUGAUCGCCCGACUCGCAUCAAGGAAUUGGGCCCAUUCGGCUGGAACCUUCGAUACCAAGUCAUGAAUUCACCAACAUACCAAGCUGCGUAUGCGAAGCAACGCGCCCAACUUGGUGUCCCCAAGCCUUUGACCAUGGAUCAAUACAUGGCGAGCAAGAAGCAGGAAUUGGAGCAGAAGAUUCAGGACAUCGACAUCGACGCAUUGACCAAGCCUCGCCGCACGAAGCCGCAGGGUAAGAGAUAUGCUACCAUGAACUAG